AUGUUCACUAUCGUCGUAGGCGACAUAGAGAUGCAAAGAUUGCUUGCAACCCUCGAAGCUCCUGUUUUCUGGGACGAACGACAACCCUUUGACCUUAUCCAUGCGGCCUUCUGUUUGGAGAAAGUGAAAAACCUCGAAUACAUGCUCAAGCAGAUAUACAAAAGACUCGUUCCUGGCUCUGGCCAUCUCGAAGUGACUGAGGUCUCUUUAAAACCCCGCACAGACGGUACAUUGCCAGAGUUCGGAAUGGUGAUGACAUGGUUCGCACAUCUAAAGCAGUCCCACCAUUUCCUUGAUUUCAAUGUCAACGAAUUCAAGACAUUGCUGGAAAAUAUUGGCUUCGUGGACAUCGAGGUCUAUACUGACAGGCUCCCAAUUGGCCGUAACAGCGAGCCGUGUGACGCAUGCAAGAAGAUUUCAAGCCCCCUACCGGGAUCAUAUCACUGCUCGAACGCAGAGUGCAUCUGGUGGUUGAGUAAUCCUAGAGAUGUCAUUCAGGUACGGGUAGCCGACAAGUACCAAGAAGUGACAGCUGAUGAGUCGCAUCUUGAGGCCAUAAGUCAUCGUGCUUUCCGCAAUGGACAACACUAUGAUCACAGACACUGGACUGCGUACUUACCAGGGAUCUAUGAAGAGCUGACAAACAACCGGUUUCAUGCGUGGAAUGAAAUAUAUUUCAUCACCGCAAGAAAACCUAACGAGCGAGAAUCUCCGCCAGAAUACGGCGAAUCUAAAUCAGAACAAGAUACUUAUCCUUCAAUUCAACGAACAAGGCAAACGUCUCAUGAGCAUAAGCCACUCAUCCCCAGAGAUGGCGCAAACUUGUAUCGUUGCUCCUGCCAAAGGCCAAGUGAAUCCACAAAUGAUGUGGAGACUCAAUCAGCAGAUAGGCUUUGCCACGGGAAAAGUCUCCCAGAAAUUCUCAGCACACACACACGGGAGUACACUGAAAGAUAUAAUUUCAUUUUCGGAGAACCUCGUGACUAUUCGGUAAACCUCUCCCAAGCAACAAGGAGUCAAAGUCACUAUGAGAAUGGGCGAGCCUGA